AUGGCUUUUGCCAAUUUCCGCCGCAUCCUGCGCCUGUCUACCUUCGAGAAGAGAAAGUCCCGCGAAUACGAACACGUCCGCCGGGACUUGGAUCCCAACGAGGUGUGGGAGAUCGUGGGCGAGCUGGGCGACGGCGCCUUCGGCAAGGUUUACAAGGCCAAGAAUAAGGAGACAGGUGACCUGGCCGCGGCCAAAGUCAUUGAGACCAAGAGUGAGGAGGAGCUGGAGGACUACAUCGUAGAGAUUGAGAUCCUGGCCACCUGUGAUCACCCCUACAUCGUGAAGCUGCUGGGAGCCUACUACCAUGACGGGAAGCUGUGGAUCAUGAUCGAGUUCUGUCCUGGGGGAGCUGUGGACGCCAUCAUGCUGGAACUGGACAGAGGCCUCACUGAGCCCCAGAUUCAGGUCGUUUGCCGCCAGAUGCUGGAAGCGCUCACCUUUUUGCACAGCAAGAAGAUCAUCCACCGAGAUCUGAAAGCCGGCAACGUGCUGAUGACCCUCGAGGGAGACAUCAGGCUGGCUGACUUUGGUGUGUCUGCCAAGAAUCUGAAAACUCUGCAGAAACGAGAUUCCUUCAUAGGAACGCCUUACUGGAUGGCCCCCGAGGUGGUCAUGUGUGAGACCAUGAAGGACACCCCGUAUGACUACAAAGCUGACAUCUGGUCCCUGGGCAUCACUCUGAUUGAAAUGGCCCAGAUCGAACCCCCACACCACGAGCUCAACCCCAUGCGGGUCCUGCUUAAGAUUGCCAAGUCAGACCCUCCCACGCUACUGACGCCUUCUAAGUGGUCUGUGGAGUUCCGAGACUUCCUGAAGAUAGCCCUAGAUAAGAACCCAGAAACCCGGCCCAGUGCUGCACAGCUGCUGGAGCAUCCCUUCGUCAGCAGCAUCACCAGUAACAAGGCUCUGCGGGAGCUGGUGGCUGAGGCCAAGGCCGAAGUGAUGGAGGAGAUUGAAGACGGCCGGGAAGAGGGGGAAGAGGAGGACCCCGUGGAUGCUGCCUCUCCCCUGGUGAACCACACGCAGGACUCUUCUGAGGUGAAUCAGCUGAGCGUCAGUGCCGACAAGCCUCUCAAGGAAUCAUCUCCCACCCUGCUGCCACCCAGCCAGCCUCAAGACAGUGUGAAUGGACCCUGCAGCCAGCCCUCUGGAGACAAAUCCCCCCCAAACACCAGCCCCCCAGAUGUGACCCCUGGAAAUGAGAAUGGCUUAGCAGUGCCUGUGCCCCUCCGAAAGUCCCGACCAGUGUCAAUGGAUGCCAGAAUUCAGGUGGCCAAGGAGAAGCAAAUUGCUAACCAGGGUGGGGACCUCAGUCCAGCAGCCAACGGUUCCCAAAAGGCAAGCCAGAGUCGGCCUAACAGCAGUGCUCUGGAGACGCUGGGUAGCGAGAAGCUGGCCAAUGGCAACCUGGAGCUCCCUGCCCCAGCAGCUCCAGUCCCUUCCAAGAGGGACUCGGACUGCGGUAGCCUGUCCACCUCUGAGAGCAUGGACUAUAGCACCUCCCUAUCUGCUGACCUGUCCCUGAACAGAGAGACGGGCUCUCUGUCCAUCAAGGAUUCAAGGCUGCACAAUAAAACCCUCAAGCGGACACGAAAAUUUGUGGUGGAUGGUGUAGAGGUGAGCAUCACCACUUCCAAGAUCAUCAGCGAAGAUGAGAAGAAAGACGAGGAGAUGAGAUUUCUCAGGCGCCAGGAACUUCGAGAGCUUCGGCUGCUCCAGAAAGAAGAGCAUCGGAACCAGACCCAACUGAGCAGCAAGCAUGAGCUGCAGCUGGAGCAAAUGCACAAACGUUUUGAACAAGAAGUCAAUACCAAGAAGAAGUUUUUUGACACAGAACUGGAAAAUCUGGAGCGUCAGCAAAAGCAACAAGUGGAGAAGAUGGAGCAAGACCAUGCCACGCGCCGUCGGGAGGAAGCCAAGCGGAUCCGCCUGGAGCAGGAUCGGGAGUACGCCAGGUUCCAAGAGGAGCUCAAACUGAUGAAGAAGGAGGCGAAGAAUGAGGUGGAGAAGCUUCCCCGGCAGCAGCGAAAGGACAGCAUGAAGCAGAAGAUGGAGGAAUACACACAGAAAAAGCAGCUUCUUGACAAGGACUUUGUAGCCAAGCAGAAGGAGGACCUGGAUCUGGCCAUGAAGAGGCUCACCACCGACAACAGGCGGGAGAUCUGCGACAAGGAGCGCGAGUGCCUCAGUAGGAAGCAGGAGCUCCUUCGAGACCGGGAGGCGGCGCUGUGGGAGAUGGAGGAACAGCAGCUGCAGGAGAGGCACCAGCUGGUGAAGCAGCAGCUCAAAGACCAGUACUUCCUGCAGCGGCACGAACUGCUGCGCAAGCACGAGAAGGAGCGGGAGCAGAUGCAGCGCUACAACCAGCGCAUGGUGGAGCAGCUGAAGGUGCGGCAGCAGCAGGAGAAGGCGCGGCUGCCCAAGAUCCAGAGGAGCGAGGGCAAGACGCGCAUGGCCAUGUACAAGAAGAGCCUGCACAUCAACGGUGGGGGCAGCGCCUCUGAGCAGCGUGAGAAGAUCAAGCAGUUCUCCCAGCAGGAGGAGAAGCGGCAGAAGUCAGAGCGGCUGCAGCAGCAGCAAAAACAUGAGAACCAGAUGCGGGACAUGAUGGCACAGUGCGAAAGCAACAUGAGUGAGCUGCAGCAGCUGCAGAAUGAAAAGUGUCACCUCUUGGUAGAGCACGAGACCCAGAAGCUGAAGGCCCUGGAUGAGAGCCAUAACCAGACCCUGAAGGACUGGCGGGACAAGCUUCGGCCACGCAAAAAGGCCCUGGAAGAGGAUCUGAACCAGAAGAAGCGGGAACAGGAGAUGUUCUUCAAACUGAGUGAGGAGGCAGAGGGCCCCAGCCCCACCACCCCAAGCAAGGCCACCAAGUUCUUUCCCUACAGCUCUACAGACGCUUCUUAACAGCCACCUGAGCUGUGGCUGACAGCAUGGCAGGCCUCCAGGGACCUCCCACUCUUUGUGAGCAAGUAACUCAGGACCCCCCUUCCCGCUUGUUUCUGUGCUAGCUCGAAUCCAGCCCCUUGCCCUGUGCCACACCAGUUGUUCCCAACAGGCCUGCCCCAGUUUCCUGACUUCUGACAUGCUCACUCGUGGAGAGCGAGGUAUUGCCCAAUCCUAAUGUCUGCUCUCAUUGAGCCCCUGAUCCCUUCAAGCUGUGAUUUGGGCUGUUGGUGGGGUUAGGGUCCAGGAGGAAUGGUGUUCUGUGGCCUUGAGGCCCCUCCUGUUUGCCAAAACACCAUCUCUGCUGUCUAUGGGCUACCGAUGAAGUCACUAUGGGCUCAUCCAUAUCGUAAUUGUUUUUACAGCCGUUCCCUGGAGUGUCACACAAGAAUCAAGGCCCCUAACA